AUGGCCUUUGCAGCUUCCCUGGCUGAGCUGCAGGCACAGGCCAGCUGUCCCAUCUGCCUGGAUUACCUGAGAGACCCAGUGACCAUUGCCUGUGGGCACAACUUCUGUCCCUCCUGCAUCCACCAGCGCUGGGAAGGUCUACGGGGCACCUUUCCCUGUCCUGUCUGCCUCCACCACUGCCCUGACAGGAGCUUGGAGAGGAACAGCCAAUUAUGUCACAUGACUGAGAUUGUUCAGCAGAUUCCCACCUCAGGGAGCCAGAGGAAAUUGCAGGAAGAAAAACCCCUGUGUGGGAAGCACCAUGAGGUUCUGACCCUGUUCUGUAAGAAGGACCUGGAGCUGUUGUGUCCCCAGUGCUGGGUCUUGUCAGACCCCCAGAAUCAGCCCCUGAUCCCCAUUGAGGAAGCUGCAGCUAUUCACAGGAGGAUGCUGAAAUUUUACAUGGAGGCCCUGAUUAUGAAUGCUGAAGAGUAUGAAGCAGCAUAUAACAUCCAAGAAGCAAAAACUUCCCAUAUGAAGAGAUGGAUGACAAAAUGGAGGGGGAAAUUGGAAGAUGACUGUAAAGAACUUAAGAGUUCCUUGGAAAUGCAGUGAGAUGAAAUUAACGACAAUCUACUUACAGAAGAGAAGGAUGUUGAAGAAAAACUAAUUGAAAAUGGAAGGCAAAUUUCAUACCAUAGGUUCAGACUAAACAAACUGUUAGGUGAAAUAAAAGAGAAGUAUUUGCAGACAGACGUGGAUUUACUCACAGGUAUUGAAAGUAUCUACUACAGGUUUAGAAACCUAGAGGCCCCAGCAGAUUUUACAUAUGAAUUAAAGAAGGCGAUUUUCACUCUCGCCCCACAUUACUUGGGACUCCAGAAAAUGAUCACUGAA